AAAACGCGCACCUGAUGCUAAUGAGCCGGUUCCAGGCCACAAGACCGGAGUGGAUAUAUCGAAAAUAUUUCUCAGAGACGUCAAGGUUUGGUUCCACGGGUUCACGUAGACGAUACAAGACGCCGGAUUGCCCCUCAAUGGUUGACAGUGAUCGCUUGGGCGUAGCACAUGCGUGUGGGAUGGGGGGCAUUGAACUUUAUCGUGGAGCCAUGUCCGAAGCCGAAGGUCUCCAGCUCCGUGGUUUCGCCCGGAUCCACCAGAUUUUGCGAUAGAUGAUUCUGCAACGCCGCGAACUCAAGGACAGGGGAAAGAAAAUGAAAUGCAUGUCUCCAGUGUUACGUUUCGUUCCCGAAGCCUAUUUCGAGACUGUGCGAUUGCGAAAAAAAGUGGCGAGGGACGUCGCGGUGGACGGAAGAUCGAAGGGGAGAAUCUGUUUGUUUGCGAAGACGAUGGCGUGAUCUUCUCGUUUUCACCCAGCCCAUCGUGGCAUGUCAUUGUCACGGCGAAUGUGUUUAUACUUCCACUCGAGGGGCCAUUGGGCGGAGAAACACGCCCCCCGAGAGCCAGUGUCCCUCCCUGGACGUGCUGCCGCUCCUUUCUUUCCCUCUUGCCCGUCGUGUCGAUGCGCCGCCACCUCGACCCCGCAUACCCCCGCCGUGUUUUCCCACCGGUCAGCACGCCAUCGUAUGGCCCGGAAGGCUCGGACCUGGAUUCUCCGUUGUAUGCACCAAGCGAAGACGCCGGCAACAGCACCCGUCCCCACAACCCCUCGCACCUCCCCUUCGGCCCAAUCUCGGGACCUGCGUACGCGUCGCCAUCAGGCUACCCCGACGACGGCAGCAGCAGAAUUGAUGGUGUUGCCACGUCGCGAUAUCUGCAUCUGAAUCCGAAUCCGAAUCCGAAUCCGUACUUUACGACCAUCCCCAGUCCCUCAAGCGCGAGUUCGAGAUCAGAAUCCGUCGGCCACCACCACAACAACAGCUACUCGGCUUCGCGUAACCAUGGUUUUUUCCCACUGGAAGCCCAGCAGCAGCAGGCUCGGUUUCACCAUCCAGAGCAGAGCAUGUCCCUGGGGGGCUCCUCGACCGGCUCGUACCACGCGCACCCCACGUAUGCCGGGGAGGACAACCGCGCGCUGCUGGCCGGGCAGUCGCAGUUCUAUGUGUCGGAUCUGCGCGGACUUCCGCGCUCGUGCAAGAAGAGGCCUGUGGACGGUUCGCUCCCUCCCCCGAAGAAGCCCAAGGUCAGCCCCGCCGACGAGGCCAACGCCGCCAUGCGCUCUGCCGCGCCGCACGCCUCGACGCCGUCCACCUCGUUUCUCGCCCCGCCUCCUCCGCGUCCUCCUCCACCGCCUCCAUCACAGCUCCGGAUUAGCACAGAUCUGCAGCCGUAUUCGCGAUCAUCCUCCCUCUCGAGCCAGUCGCAGCUGUUCUCGCCCAGACAAGCUUCGAGUCGCACGUCGUCCAGUGUCAGAGAUCCGCGAUCUCAGUCGCCGGCGCCGGCGCCACACGCCUUCUUCCCAUCACCCUCCGCGCCGGCCCCGUCGGUCCAGCUGCCUGCUCCCUCCGUGCCCGGCCUCGAGCGGGACCAGCGACGGUGGUGGAACGAGUUCCUCGAUAUCUACCCACUGAAUCAGAUCGUAGAUGAUCUCAGCUAUUUAUUCGCCGACGCAGGGCACUGGCUGUGUUUCGUCAACGCAACGGUGUACAUCGACUAUCUAUGGCAUCCCGAGAGCAGGCUCAAGAUGCAGCCCGCGUUCGUGUUGGCGGGGCUGGCGCUGGCGGAGCUGAUGCGCGCGAGCGAUGUCGAGCGCGGGGCGGGCGGGCGCGGGUGGGCGGGGUGUCUGCGCGAUCACGCGCAGUCCGCGCUGGCGCUCGCGAUGUCCGCGCGUGCAGAAUCGCUGGACCCAUCACUAGCCGAAGCGGCCUUGAUCCUCGUCCUCUACGAAACCUCCGCGCACCCGCUGUAUCAUCCCGAUCGGGUGGCGGCGGCCCUGCAGGUGCUCGACCAGCUGCUGCUCGCGAUCUCGGCCUUCACAGUCGAUAGCGGCGAGGGGGGCGCUGCGAAAUUUGCCGAAAACGCGGUGCCGAUCGUUCCAGGGUCGGCUGCGGCAGCGUGCUCCAGCGACCAUGCUCUGCGGUGGGAUCCCACGUGGAGCCCGCCCGACAUGUGGAAGGAGAGUGCGCGGCGGCUCACGUGGAGUGCACUGAGUCUGGCUACCAGCUAUCUCGUGCAGUGCGUCGCGUUCGAUCGCGAGGUGCCCGCGCUCGAAAUGACUAAUCCCGCCAACUAUGCUCUCCUCUUUCCGGGGGAAGUCUCCGACCGCUCGAAGGAGUCUCCGUGGGCGCUCUACUGCAGGAGUCUUCUAUUAUGGAAUUUCCUCGUCCGUCUGCUUGCCCAGGCACCCAUCGACGCGGACGCGCUGCAUGAGACGUGGAACGAGACACUGGCUGUCCAGGAUUCACUCGAGGCCCACAGCUGCCACUCGGAGACGAGCAUAUCAUAUCUAUGUCAGGAGUAUAUCCACAACAUUCGAACCAGUGUCGCUGGGGCAAUCCGGAGGAUGAACGGCUUUUCCCGUGAUCCUCCAUUCAAUCGCAGCCAGACGGCCGAAUGGGUCGAGUACCAGUCCCGCGUCAUCACCCUGGUCAAAUCCGCCACAUUCCAGCUCUCUGGCCCGCAGGGCUACCCGCUGACCCGGCGGCCAUUUCAAGUGAGCUGGUUCCUGAACCAACUGCAUCUGUGCCUGCAGAUCCUGACGCACGACCCCCACUUCCUCGGCGCGAUGCAGCUGGGGAAGGACUUGCUCGGUGUCGUCGAAGUGCUGAACGCGCUGUGGCCCUGUAAACUCAACAGCGACCAAGCAAGAGCGCUUCGCUCUCAACUGACGCAGAUGGCCGUGCGCGCAGGCCUCAGUUCCCCCCUUUCGCCGAGUUACGCUGCGACGCUCGUGCGGCUUUAGUAUAAUCAACGACCCCCCCUUCUUUCGUUCUUCCCGGUUCGCUUCGUUCAUUGCACUGUGCUGUGCCACUUCUUGUACCUUCGCUCAUCAUCAUGGACAACUCCAUGCAUUCCCUGCUGCUGCUGCUGCUGGCUGCUGCUGGCUGCUUGCUACCUUAUCACCGACGUUCUUUGCGGACCCACGGGCAGUUGUAUCUCUACCUACCUACGCCCCCCCUCUUCGUAAUAUUGAGGCGAAUUGUGCGCUGUAAAUGCCUCCCAGUUGUGCAUAUUACAUGUAUAUAAUUCGAAUCCAAUGCUAUAUAAUUGCAAUCUCACGGAUGCUUGUGCUGCUAGCUCCGUUGUCUU